UAACGUUCUUGCCACCUUAACCCUAAACCGGAGUUUCCACAGCCUCGCACAGUUUUCACUUCAACAUUGAUCUUCAGCAGGUCCAAGGUAACAGACAUGGCGGAGAAGGAAACGAUAAUGGUGUUGAAGGUCGACCUUCAGUGUUGUCGCUGCUACAAGAAAGUGAUGAAAGUUCUUGCUAAGUUCCCUCAAAUACGAGACCAGAUAUACGACAAGAAGGCCAACACGGUGACCAUCACGGUGGUCUGCUGCGAUCCAGAGAAGCUGAGGGACAAGUUAUGCUGUAAAGGUGGCGGAUCCAUCAAGAGUAUCGAGAUCAAACCACCUCGAAAACCCAAGGAGCCCAAAGAAUCACCGCCAAAAUCACCAGCGAAAAAGGCUUCUCCACCGCCGCCGGCGGAAUGUCCGCCGGUCAGAUGUUGUUGCACAGAAUGUUACCAUGUCCAUCUUUGGGGUCCUCCCCCUUGCUACUUUGGUGUACCACCACUUCCUCCCCCAUGCUAUUCUUAUGGUAGGCCAGUUUACGAUAACUGGGGCGGCUGCUGCUACAGGUACAAAUGUGCGAGUCUCGGUGAUUGUUUUAGCGACGAGAAUCCACAAGCUUGCUCUGUCAUGUAACUGUUUUAACAUGGCGCAUUCUAAAAGAUGGUAGUAAUAGCUUGGAUAUGUAUCAGUUCUUUUAUGUGAAUUUUUAUUUUUUCUUCUUUUUAUUGAACAAUGUUUUAUUGGUCAUAA